CAGUGGUCGUUGGGUUAUAUCUAGAAACACAUCUAAAACCAGGUGUUCCUGUCAGUGGUAGCUGGGUUAUAUCUAGAAACACACCUUUGUGUUGGUUGGAGAUUCAUUCAAAUAAUGUACCGUUUUAAACCCCAUGAAAUGUCCUGUAUCUUUUAGAAUCCAGAAUUGGCGCGCUCGACUCACUAGCUCCUCAAAGUAUUUGGGCGCAGGGUUCAAAGGACAUAUCAACUGUUUCUGUCCGUUGUUUUCAGAUUGGUCUUUUCCUGUUGAUGCUGCUGCUGAUUCUAAUGUCUUGUUCUGUCUCUCUGAUCUCUUCCAGGUUGGAGGCAAUAAGCACACCAUGAGUGACCACAUACACGUGGGGAACCACCAACAGAUCCACGUCCAACAGCUGUUUGAGGAGAACAGCAACAAACGGACAGUGUUGACUGCACAGCCCAAUGGGUUGACGUCUGUGGGCCGGGCAGGUCUACCGCUGCCUGACCGACAGCAGCCCGACGUCACCACUACCACGGCCCAGUGUCGGCAGGGCAGCUCAGCCUCCCUCAAGUCCACCGACAGCAAGCCCCAGCCGGCCACCCUGACCCCGGAGCAGGCCAUGAAGCAGUUCAUGCCCAAGCUUACGGCCUUCGAGCACCAUGAGAUCUUCAGUUACCCAGAGGUGUAUUUCGCUGGACCCAACGCCAAGAAGAGGCCGGGGGUGAUCGGGGGGUCCAACAACGGAGGCUACGACGACGAUCAGGGCUCCUACAUCCAGGUGCCCCACGACCACGUCUCCUACCGCUACGAGGUCCUCAAGGUGAUUGGCAAGGGCAGUUUCGGUCAGGUGGUGAAGGCCUACGACCACAAGGCCCACUGCCACGUGGCGCUGAAGAUGGUGAGGAAUGAGAAGAGGUUCCACCGCCAGGCGGCCGAAGAGAUCCGGAUCCUGGAGCACCUGAGGAAGCAGGACAAAGACUCCACCAUGAACGUGAUCCACAUGCUGGAGAACUUCACAUUCCGUAACCACAUCUGCAUGACCUUUGAACUCCUCAGCAUGAACCUCUACGAGCUCAUCAAGAAGAACAAGUUCCAGGGCUUCAGCUUGCCGCUCGUCAGGAAGUUCGCCCACUCUAUCCUCCAGUGUCUGGACUCGCUGCACAAGAACCGUAUCAUCCACUGUGACCUGAAGCCAGAGAACAUUCUCCUGAAGCAGCAGGGACGCAGCGGGAUCAAGGUCAUCGACUUUGGCUCCAGCUGCUACGAGCACCAGCGGGUUUACACCUACAUCCAGUCUCGUUUUUACAGAGCUCCCGAGGUCAUCCUGGGGUCACGCUAUGGGAUGCCUAUUGACAUGUGGAGCCUGGGCUGCAUCUUAGCGGAGUUGCUCACUGGGUACCCUCUCCUGCCGGGCGAAGAUGAAGGGGACCAACUGGCAUGCGUCAUCGAGCUGCUGGGCAUGCCCUCGCAGAAACUGCUGGACUCUUCCAAGAGAGCCAAGAACUUUGUGAGCUCCAAGGGUUACCCCCGGUACUGCGCGGUGACGACCCUGCCGGACAGCUCGGUGGUGCUGAACGGGGGGCGCUCCCGCCGGGGCAAACUGAGGGGACCCCCGGGCAGCAAGGAGUGGGUGACGGCCUUGAAGGGCUGCGACGACCCCCUGUUCCUGGACUUCAUCAAGCAGUGUCUGGAGUGGGACCCUGCCGUGCGCAUGUCCCCCAGCCAGGCCCUCAGACACCCCUGGCUCAGGAGGCGCUUGCCCAAACCUCCCACGGGGGACAAAACAGCGGUGAAGCGUAUCACCGACGGGGGCUCUGGCGCCAUCACAUCAAUCUCCAAAUUACCUCCCACCUCGGGCUCCACCUCCAAGAUAAGGACUAACCUGGCACAAAUGACGGACGCCAACGGGAACAUCCAACAGAGGACAGUGUUGCCAAAACUAGUCAGUUGAAGAAACUGUAAACGACAGCUAGUUCGUUGUCUCAUCUAGGAUAUCUCUUCUUACUGUUUUUGGUUUGUUUUGUUUUAAAUGGAGAGAUGAUUGUGUCUCCGAGAGAGAGACAAACAUCCGUGGAGGCUGAACAGUACCAGGCACAGUACUCAACAGGGUGCUUUUUUAGACAGAGGGGUUUAUUCAGCGUUAUUCAUUCACCGCGUCAUUGUUUAGUAGCUCUGUAGCAGCUUUUAUUUCAAUAUAAACAAAGCAAAAACAUGAACGUGGUCAUCAUGAAGGGAACAAUGCUUUUAGGUGUUUAGUCUCAGGACUGUGUGCUCUGAUGGAGCAGGUGGCUGCCGUUCACACAAUCUGGCCCAAGCAGAGACUGUUAACCUGGGCAUGAUAGUGUAGAACAACAGAAUGGGUGGCUGGCCACAAUCAACACAUGUCCAUAACUAACUCAUAUCUUUUAGGUGUUUAGUCUCAGGACUGUGUGCUCUGAUGGAGCAGGUGGCUGCCGUUCACACAAUCUGGCCCAAGCAGAGACUAACUCAUACGAUAACUCAACGAUAACUAACUCAUAUCAGACAGUCUGAAGAUAUUUAGGCUCUGCUUCUCUACCUUAUCUGAUUGAUAUAGUGACAUUAAAUAGCUGUGAGAAAGGUGGGGGUUUUUAUAAGCUAAGAUCAUAGUGUCUGAGAUGAGGUUUUGGUCAAAGAAAUGCGAGGAUGGAAAGUGGCUGUUUUAGGACCGUUAAGAGUUAAAGUGAGAGGUUGGACCGCGGUGUGGAAACAUUCGUUCACCUGACAGACUAUGCCUGUAAUUCUCUUGACAUUCCUUAAACAACUGAACUAGAACGAGGGGGGAAAUUAGUGCAGGUUUGUCUUGUUUUCACCUGUACCAGAAACAAGGGAGUGAUACAGAAUAAUGUGUUCUGUCAGAGAGGAGGAGGGGAGAG